CGACGAUAGAAAACGUGUGAACUAUGAAGUGUAUUAUAAGGACUGAUACUGAUUUAAGGGGUUUUCCAGGCCUUAAUUUGACUAUAAUUAAUGUUUUCAUGUUGAUUCUGUUCACUUAUACAAGCACAUGUGUUGGUUCAUCAAACAAGGGACUAAAAGUGGCUCCAUUUCAAUACAGUUCGUGCUUUUAUAAAUAGUUUAAGUCAGGUUUCUUUUAAAAACACCCAAAGCAUCAGUUUGGGUUAAAAAUCCUGAUGGUUGAGUAAAAAUGGUCUUUUACUUCGUUUACAGUUGAAGGAAACAUAUUUAUUUAGUUCGGUGGGGUUUUUUUCCCGUUAGUUGACUGAACUCUGCAGAUUGAGAUGAUUUUGAUUUGUAAAUGAUAAUACACAAUAGUACCUGAGGUUUGAUACCUACUGAGUACAUGAAGAACUGUUAUUGAUGUAUACCGUUUCAUUGAAGUUCUCAGCAUUUUUAACAACUCAGUACUUUGGUAUUUGGAUUUUUUUGCACUGAUAAUUCAUUUUUACAAACUCUUUCUCUCUCUAAGCUGUUUUGUUGUUAAACACUUUGUGUUGUUUUGUAUCUCUUAAUCCUGCUGUUUGAAUCAAAAUAAGUUGCUUGAAACAGGAUGUGUGCUGCCAUGCAGACUAGAGAAGUCGACCGAUCGCCUUGCCAAAUAAAAAUGUGACGAGACUUGUUGAUUGUACGCGCGCUUGGCAGAAGUGAUGAAGCUUUGGCUGUAAUUUAGUUCCACUGUAAAUCUACCAACCAGGGUGAUGAAUCUUGUUUUUUUGCUUUUUUAAUAUUUGCACUUAAUUUUUUGCCAAUAAUUGUUGAAGUUACUGUAUUGACCUGAUGAAUACGUUUAUCAGUUUCAUGCCUGGCAGUUCUCAGAGCAGAAUAAAAUCAUACUAUUUUCUGAUAUUUUUGUGAAAUUUUCUUUUUAGGUUAAGUUGUAGUUCAGUAAAGCUUUAAGGUGAAUCCUGAGAGUUACUGUAGAGAUGCAAAAGUUUGGCCACAACAUUUGUGUAGGGGCCAGGUAUUGGUCCAAAAACUGUUAUUUGACUCAUUAGCGCCACUGGUGUUCAGACUUGGAAUUGCAUCCCCUUAUAUUCUGAUUAUUGCACAGGGACAGGUGAGCAGCAGGAUGGGGACACUUCUGGGGGCCAGUCAGUAUUUCAAAGGGGCCAGUGCCACAAUGGCCCCACCCCUAGAAGCACCAGUGUGUGAAAAAUAUGGUGGAGGGAAAGUAUAUAGGGCUGCGCAGUGGUUAGAGCUGUUGCCUUGCAGCGAGAAGGUCCUGGGUUCGAUUCCCGGCCUGGGAUCUUUCUGCAUGUUCUCCCUGUGCAUGCGUGGGUUCUCCGGGUACUCCGGCUUCCUCCCACAGUCCAAAAACAUGACUGUCAGGUUUAUUGGUCUGUCUAAAUUGUCCUUAGGUGUGAGUGUGUGUGUGUGCAUGGUUGUUUGUCCUGUGUGUCUCUGUGUUGCCCUGCGAUGGACUGGCUCUCUGUCCAGGGUGUACCCCGCCUACUUGCCCGUUGACUGCUGGAGAUGGGCACCAGCCCCAUGGACAAAGCAGGUUCAGAAGAUGGAUGGAAGGAAAGUAUAUAGGAUAUUUCAGACUGAAGCCCUUUUUAAGUGACCACUCUCCAGCUCCUCUGUGUUGUCACAACUCAUCUCUGCUUUUCCAUACUGAGGGUGUUCAGGGGUGUGUAAUAUUAAUGGUUCUGUUUUCACUGAAACACUUCAGAAUAUUGACACAAAGUGUGAGAAAAUAACUUGAUGCUAAUGAAAUCACCAGUGCCAUCUCACCUAAGGAACACGAACGGAAACUGCAGUUGUAAAAACUAAAGAUCCGCUUCAUGAUGCCACAAUUUCUCAUUUAAUAUAUCGCAUAAAUAUAAAUGAUGGAAAAGUUGGAGCUUAUUUUAAAGUUCUGCAUUGUUGCUGAAUUACCUCCCUCUAAAUUUACCUUCAUAUUUUUUUCUCUUAAAUUAGUGAAGUUUUUUUAACCUUUGUAGUUUAGCCAAACUGUGUUCUCCCCUCUGCAAACAGCCUCCUUCCCCAUCCUCACCCCCCUCACCCCCUGUGUGCAGUGCCUGGCUGAGCUCGGCCCCUUCAGCAGGAGACUCGGGUAGAUCUGGAGGCAAAGAGAGAGCCAUUCAGGGUCUGAGCGCUGUGAGGUGAAGGAGGGCUCUGUCUCAGACGCUGUUGGAGGGGGAGUGAGGCAGGACGUGGAACUGGAGGAUUUAAUCUGAUUUUUGUAGAAAAUCUGCUUUGUGGCGCCGAGCGGGCGAGCUGUGAUGGUGUCCUCGGCUCUUUGGGUGCUUUUGCUCUGCCAGCUCCUGACAUCCACCUCAGCUCAGGUGAGGCUUGUUCAGAGACCCGGACCCCGAGGAGCUCCUGGGCCACCAGGACCUGCAGGACAACCAGGAAGGGAUGGUACUGAUGGCAAACCUGGACCUCCUGGACUACCAGGGAAAGCUGGCCCUAAAGGAAAAGCAGGAAUACCAGGAUCACCAGGAAAAGCAGGCCUGCCGGGACUUCCAGGAAUCGACGGUUUGACUGGCCCGGACGGUCCUGCUGGUAAAGAUGGACCCCCAGGGGAGCCGGGUGAGCCGGGACCUGCCGGGCCUCCUGGACCUUCUGGCAGAGGGAGACCAGGAGCUCCAGGAUUACCUGGAACCAACGGGUUGCCGGGCGGAGCGGGACCCCAGGGUCCUCUGGGUGCUGAGGGUCUUCCUGGACUUCCAGGACCUCCUGGGCCUGAUGGGCCUCCUGGACUUCCUGGUACUCUUCGUGACCUUAGCGGUGACCUUCUGUGUCCUGCAAUCUGUCCCCCUGGUCCCCCCGGUCCACCUGGGAUGCCAGGAUUCAAGGGACACACAGGACACAAAGGAGACAAGGGAGAGCUUGGAAAAGAUGGAGAGAAGGGGGACCCUGGUCCACCGGGACCUGCAGGUUUUCCUGGCACCGUGGGUCUGCAGGGCCCACGUGGUCUGAGAGGUUUGCAAGGCCCUAUGGGAGCUGUAGGCAACAGAGGCCUGCCCGGUUUCAGAGGCAAGCCUGGCUUAGCUGGCAUCAUCGGCAAGACAGGUGAUGCUGGGGAAAAGGGACCACAGGGUUUCAGUGGGCCUAAAGGAGAAAUUGGUAAAAUUGGUGCCAAAGGAGCUGCUGGGGGCCUGGGACCCAAAGGGGAUCCCGGAAUGCCUGGUCGAGACGGGAAAGAUGGGACACCGGGCCUGGAUGGCGAGAAGGGUGAUGCUGGACGCCAUGGAGUAGUAGGAGAGAAAGGGCCGAACGGACUUCCUGGUCUGCAAGGGAAGGCAGGAGCAAAGGGGAAUAAAGGAGAAGUCGGUGAUCCAGGAAAGCCUGGGGAGUCAGGACCCUCUGGAGAGCCAGGUAUUCCUGGUGAGAUUGGUGUCCCAGGAGAGAGGGGGAUAGCAGGUCCCAGAGGAGUGGCAGGAGGGAUUGGACCUGCAGGAAACCCGGGUCCUCAGGGAGUCAAAGGCUACCAGGGAGUCAAAGGAGGUUUGGGUGACCCGGGACUUCCUGGGCCAACGGGACUUCGUGGAGAGUUUGGUGACAGAGGUCCGGUUGGGGCUUCGGGAGCUAAGGGAGACAUGGGUGUGGCAGGAAGUGACGGUUUACCAGGAGAGAAUGGAGAGCCUGGUCCUUUUGGACCAGUUGGACAAAAAGGAGAGCCUGGCAAGCAAGGUGAACUGGGGCCAAAGGGCGUAACAGGUCCUCAAGGGGAGCUCGGGCCAAGAGGGCUCCCAGGAAAACCAGGACCAUUGGGCUUCCAGGGGGAACAGGGAAUGCCGGGAAUCGCAGGAAAAACCGGAGUACCUGGUAAGCUGGUGAGUGAGCAGCACAUCAGGGAGCUGUGUGGCUCCUUGAUCGAUGAUCAGAUCGCACAGCUGGCUGCUAACCUCCGAAGACCUCUGGCACCUGGAAUGGUAGGCCGCCCCGGCCCAGCAGGGCCUCCGGGAAAGCCAGGAGUCUCUGGUUCUGUUGGGCAUCCAGGGGCCCGCGGGCCACCAGGGUACAGAGGCCUGCCUGGAGAGCUCGGAGAUCCUGGUCCCAGAGGUGACGUCGGUGAGCCAGGUGAUAAGGGACCCACUGGCAAAGCCAUUGAUGGGCCCCCUGGAGACCAAGGAUACCAAGGUCUUCCAGGAGUAGCUGGUACCGUCAAAGACGGUCGCGAUGGGUCUCCGGGAGAUCCAGGCGAGCCUGGAGAGUCAGGCAGGGUAGGCAGGACUGGGCACCAGGGUCCUCCUGGGAUCUGUGACACAUCAGCCUGCCAGGGAGCCUCGCAUGUUGGGAAAUCCUCCAACCCCAAAAAUCUUUAAAACGACUUUCUGCAUCCUGACUGCUCCAGUCCACGGAGGGAGGGGUGAUGCGUGAGGAGGGGAGGAAGGAAAAGAACGGUCACAAGAUGGGAAGAGUAACAUCAGUGGGUGUGAUACUUUGAAAGGCAUGGAGGAACUUCUCAGGAGUGACGUGAACACCAAAGCAUCCGAGAGACAAGAACACACACAGGUAUUAAAUCACAGAGAGGAAGACACGAGAACAUCUGCAGUGACGAGCUCCUUUUGUAUAAAAACUUUGUUCAUGUUUCUGUGCCCCGCUCCAUCACUGUGGCAGACGAUCCUCUAAAAGCUGAGACUGUCUCUGAUGCUUUAAUCAUGGUUGGCUGUUUCAAAUCACAGCUGUUACCUCAGCAUACAAGCUUACCGUGUCAAAUAUGGAAACAGCUGCUGGAGGCAGAAAGCCUCAGUCCAGGGGCUGAGGAUGUGCUGUAAAAAAUAAAAAUAAAAACAAAUACCCAGGUGCCCAGAAAACGUGUAGAUUAAUGCUAAACUCUAAUCUUUAGUAUGUUUUUUAAAUGACUUGUAAAGUUGACUUAAAGCAGAGAAACAAACACUUGUGGGUGCAAACAUCUGACAACAUAUCAAAGUUUUGGUGCUUUUUCUCAUUUUAUUUUAUUUUUUCUCCCAAAUUUGCAAUGACCACAUCCACUAUGUACUACAGGUGCUGUAACUAUUAAAUAUCCAUCACUUUAAAUACUA